AUGAGUAUUUCGCUCGGUGGUCUGGGCCUCUUGUCCGUCCGUAAUCCUUUCAAGGAAUUGGUCCAAAUCGUCCUGGGCAAGGGCGACCUCAGGUUCAUGUUCUGUCUUAUCGUUUUCGGGAUCGUAACUCUCGUCCUUGCAUACCUUACAAACCCAUCGGAAAACUCUUUUCGUGCAUAUCUCACAGAGCAAUCCUUUCGCCUGCAUCUCAGUCGUUUGGACGACACUGCCGACGACAACUCCAACUCCAAAUCCCCACAACGCUCCUCUUCCCAAACCCAGUUCAACCCCCCACUUUUCGCCGCAGAUGCCACUCCCUCUUUCCAUUUUGCAAACCGUGCUUCCAUCGCCCUUCGCACUCCCAAGCAUGUUUUUCACAGCUUUGCCAUCUUUACCAUAGCUGCCAUGGUCCCCCUUUCAAAGUCGUCGGAACGAGAAAAUCGGGAUGGUUGGAUGAUUUCAGAUUCUUGGUACAUUGGUGCCUUUGGUAAAUGGUGGCGCGGAGGCGUUUUCGAGGCUUGGUACCAAGAUGUCAUCGCGAGAACAAAGGACGAAGAAAGCUGGAGCUCGGGAAUCUUGAGCAUGAAAAGGCUCGAUAUGCUUCAAGAUUACAACGGCCCUACUUUUUCUGCUAAAAAUCUUCCCAGCCAUCUAUCUCGCGGAUCUCCACCAAGGCUCAGAAAUCGCGAUAGACCUGCGUUGCGGAAUGGCGCUGGACAGCCUAGAAGCUCGACUCCACCACCUUUGCCCAAAUCAGCCUCUCUUCCCAUGCACACGACCCGCAAGUCUUCUUCCAACACCACCGAACGACUCUGCGAUCACCCGGCUCCAGUCCAACCCCAGGCCCAUGCCCUCCUGAACGACUCACCCCGGCGCAACGGGGCAGCAGCGCCUUCGCGGACGUCAUCAGCCUUGUUCGAGCAUUCGCCCAUUAUCGCCGAAAUCCUGCGCCAGAUAUCCAGCACGAAAACGUCCGUUCUUGACCUCCGCACCCAGUUGACAGACUGCGAAGCCGCCGCCGCUCAGUCCCGAGCUGUUCUACAGCACGAGGUUGACACCCAUCGUAAUCGGAAGCGACAGGAAGACGCCGCAAAGCUCGAACUCAAAUCUCGGACAAAGGCUCUCGAGGACUCUAAACGUGGUGCAGAGUCUACAAAGAAAGACGCAGAAAAGAAACUCAAAGCUGCACAGUCGUUCCGCGACGGGGCCACUCAACGAGUCGAUUUUCUCAACAAAGAAAUUCUCAGACUGCAACAAAAUCUUGCCGAGGACCGGGACUUCAUUAAGCACCACAAGAGCGAAAUUUCCGACGUCGAGCGCGAGAUUAGCGAAAAUCUGGAGCAGAAGCGGCUCGAGAUCAAAAAGGCUGAAGAUCUGCUCUUGAUUCUCAAUCACCGGUCUAGAGAACUCGAAGAUAAGCUUGCAACGGAACGACAGAGACUGCAGGCCCUACGCGAGCAGUCCGAGAAGCUCAGGCAGAGCCGUACAUCUCCCGUCGCCCAUGCGUUUCCUCAAGAAGAGACCUGGGUAUCCAACCUGCACUCCGAACCCGGGUUCCCCCCGGGGCUUGCUGUAGACGGGUGGGAACCACCUUUUGUCCCGAUCCGGCAAUCCUCGAGUGGUGCGGACGACAGAGAUUCGUCUCGCAUCAUCGGCUCUGGUACUACAGUAAACGGUCAGAAUCUUUCAUAUUCAGGACACCCUCCCUACAUGCCAUUUAAUGAACGCCCGUCCCCUGAAAACAUCGAAACGCCGUCCGUUCACGUUUCAAAGGCAAAGGAAAUACCUAUUCCUUUUGUGGUUUCUAUGGAGUCGGCAACUGGUGUUUCAAAAUCUUUCCAGUCAGAUAGUGAUUCUUUCAUUGACAAAGAGUGGCGCGCUUCCUCCACGUCCUCUUAUCCGAGCCACUACCAGAAUGAUGACUUUGAGCCUCGCUUCCCAGUAUUAACUUCAUCUCCGGUAUCUUUACAUGGCCAAUCGGUAAAUCACCAAGAGAAUAGUGCUUACAAUUCGCGAUAUCUUUCUGUCCAAGACUAUGCCCAAGAUCAGCAAUUCGUCCAAUCGAUGGACAUGCAAAGCUGGGCGCCCUCGGAUUCUGAGCUAAAUACGUCCUUGGAUUCCCUGCCUGAACACUCUCCUCAAGCACAAAUGAACCAGAGCGUCUCGCGACGAUGGUUCGGAGGACUGGGCAGCAAAACCAAGUCUCCCAAAGGACUCAACCCGGACGCCAAGGAGUUCAACUUGUUCCGCAAACCCAUCGCAAGCCCAUUCACGGGAAUCCUGCCCACCCACAAAUCAUUCGACGCGCUCAAUCCAAACGGUCUAGGCACAAUCUCGUCAUCGUCUACUUCUUCCACUCUUCUGCGUGCCUUUGCACCUUCGCCAGCAGAGCGAGAGGCACUGCAACGCGCGCUUGGCGGAUCGACGAACACCAGCUUUGAACGAUUGCCCAGCUUGAGCGACGUCGGCAGCAUCCCGCCGUCCCCGACGAAUGGACACACGCUCUCUCUCAUCCCUCAGCGCCCCGGAAAGGAUUUUGGUAGUAUUCUGCCGGCUUGGCUCCAAGCGCUUCCCACCAGGAAGGCCAACUUUAGCCCUUGGGAUGAUGAAGAGCCUGUGCUGCCAGGAUCAAAGGACAGCACGACUGCCAACGCGCAAAGGACCUGA